UCUUCCUGCUCCUUCUGAGUCUUUUACAUGGCUUGACGCCUUCCUGACCUCUGACCCCUCCUCCCCACUCACAUGUCCAACCCAUUCGCCUCUCGCUGCCUAGACCAGACCAGGAAGUCCGAUCAGGUGGAGCAGUGAGCCCUGCUUUAACUAGGCCUCCCACCUUUAGCCAUUGGCCCCGCCCCCUGACGCCUCUGGACUCCUCCUGUGAAACGCUCUGAUGCAAGAUGGCAGCCGGCGUAGCGACGUGGCUUCCGUUCGCACGGGCGGCGGCGGUGGGCUGGCUGCCGCUGGCCAAGAAGACGAUGCCCAAACCUCCGGUGGACAACUCGUCCCGAUCCGACGAGAUCCUGUACGUCAACGUGAGCGGCGUCCGCUUCCAGACGUGGAAGAACACUCUGGACCGCUACCCCGACACGCUGCUGGGCUCCUCGGAGAAGGAGUUCUUCUACAACGAGGAAACCCAGGAGUAUUUCUUCGACAGAGACCCAGAGAUGUUCCGGCACAUCCUGAACUUCUACCGGACCGGGAAGCUGCUACCACGACACGAGUGCGUCCAGGCGUUUGACGAGGAGCUGGCCUUCUACGGCAUCGUGCCAGAGAUCAUCGGGGAUUGCUGCAUGGAGGAAUACCGGGACAGGAAGAAGGAGAACCAGGAGCGGCUGGCGGAGGACACGGAGGCCAACGAGGCGACCGGCCCGCUGCCCCCCCACAGCACCUCCAGGGAGCGGCUGUGGCGCGCCUUCGAGAACCCGCACACCUCCACCAUGGCGCUGGUCUUCUACUACGUGACGGGCUUCUUCAUCGCCGUGUCGGUCAUCGCCAACGUGGUGGAGACGGUGCCGUGCCGGCCGCCCAAGGGCGGCGUGAAGGACCUGCCCUGCGGCGAGAAGUACCAGCUGGCCUUCUUCUGCAUGGACACGGCCUGCGUUCUCAUCUUCACCUUCGAGUACCUGAUGCGCCUCUUCGCCGCGCCCAGCCGCUGCAAGUUCAUGCGCUCGGUGAUGUCGGUGAUCGACGUGGUGGCCAUCAUGCCGUACUACAUCGGCCUGGUGAUGCCCGAGAACGAGGACGUGAGCGGCGCCUUCGUCACCCUGCGGGUCUUCCGGGUCUUUCGGAUCUUCAAGUUCUCGCGCCACUCGCAGGGCCUGCGCAUCCUGGGCUACACGCUGAAGAGCUGCGCCUCGGAGCUGGGCUUCCUGCUCUUCUCGCUCACCAUGGCCAUCAUCAUCUUCGCCACCGUCAUGUUCUACGCCGAGAAGGGAACCAAGGGCUCCACCUUCACCUCCAUCCCAGCAUCCUUCUGGUACACCAUCGUCACCAUGACGACGCUGGGGUACGGUGACAUGGUUCCCAACACCAUCGCAGGGAAGAUCUUUGGCUCCAUCUGCUCCCUGAGCGGCGUCCUGGUCAUCGCGCUGCCCGUCCCCGUCAUCGUGUCCAACUUCAGCCGGAUCUACCACCAGAACCAGAGAGCCGACAAGAUGAGAGCGCAGCAGAAAGUCCGUUUGGCUCGAAUCCGCAUGGCGAAGAAAGGAACAGCAAACGCCUUCCUGCAGUACAAAGAGGACCACACUCUGGGAGACCGGGACAGCGACAGCACGCUCUGUGUGAAGAACAGAUCCGCCUUUGAGCAUCAGCACAACCACCUGCUUCACUGUCUGGAGAAAACCACGAACCACGAGUUCACCAGUGAGAUGACCUACAGCGAGCUCUGCAUGACCGAGUCGGUGGGCUUCCGGACCAGCCGCAGCACUUCUCUGUCCAGCCAGCAGGGGGCGCAGAACAACUCCACAGGCUGCUGCCCUCGCCGGGCCCGGAGGAGAGCCGCCAUGCGACUGGCCAACUCCACGGUGUCCGUGAGCCGGGGCAGCGUCCAGGAGCUGGACACCCUGCAGUUUAAGACCACCUCCAUACCACCACAAACCCGAUCCAGCCUCAACGCCCACGACCUCAAGCUGAACUGUGGUGAGCAGGAUUUCACCGCCGCCAUCAUCAGCAUUCCCACUCCGCCUGCCAACACGCCGGACGAGAGUCUGCCUCCGUCGCCCGUCCCCGGCAUCCUGCGGAACACCCGGGCCACCGCCUACACCCACGAAACCGUCAAGAUCUCCUCCUUAUAACCUCUGACCCCUGCUCCCCCAGACUUCCACCCUCCCACUCUGAACCUCUGGUUCUGAUCCGUGACCCGGGAUCAUCCUUGGAGCUGCAGGAAGAUCAGGUGAGCAUGAAGCUGAAG